UGGAGAGUGUGAACAAGUUAAAAUAGGCACGACUUUCAAGAAAAUCAAUUCAUUUUAAUUUCAAUUUUAUAAGCGAACAGAUAACCAGGUAAAAAUGGCUGAUGAAGAUAUUACACUGAACGAAGAUCAAUUGCUUGAUAAUCUUGACGAUGCUAAUGGAGAUUUAUUAAAUGAAGAGGAAAGUGGAAUGCAAAUUGAUCCAGAACUUGAGGCUAUAAAAGCUCGAGUAAAAGAAAUGGAAGAAGAGGCUGAAAAAUUAAAACAACUGCAAUCAGAAGUGAAUAAACAAAUGACCAUUGGAAGUCCAAAUUCAAUCGCACCACCGACAUUAUCUGCUGAGGAAAAGAUGGAAAUUGAUAAUCGAUCAAUUUACGUGGGUAAUGUAGAUUAUGGAGCAACAGCUGAGGAACUCGAAGCACAUUUUCAUGGAUGUGGAAGCAUCAAUCGAGUGACCAUUCUCUGUAAUAAAGUUGACGGACAUCCCAAAGGCUUUGCCUACAUUGAAUUUGGAUCGAAAGACUUUGUUGAAACUGCCCUGGCUAUGAAUGAGACUCUCUUCCGUGGACGGCAAAUUAAAGUGAUGUCAAAGCGAACAAAUCGACCAGGCUUGUGCACAACCAACAGAUUUCCAAGAGGCGGUUUCCGAGGAAGAGGAGCGUCCAGAGGACGAGCUGCUGCUUGUUGUCAUGGUGGUCAUCGUGGUGGACGUGGCAAGAUUUUGGGAUAUCGCGGUCGUGGAAGUUACUAUUCACCUUAUUAGAAAUUCAACAAAAAUCUCAUUUAUUCACCAGUAAAGAAAAGCACUUUCUAAAAGAAUUCAUUCAUCAAUUUCUUGAUUAAUAUAAAAAAAAAUUAGAAAAAAAAGAUUUCGUCAAAAAACAUUAUUUCGCUGUCACCACAAGAAAAGAAAAAAGAGAGAAAAAAGAAAAAGAGCCAAGCAGAAAAAAAGAAAAAUAAUGAAAAUGGAAAAAGUUUUCCAACAUCACAAAUAAUGUUUUUUGAGAAAAAUGAAAAUCCUUAAAAAAAUCGCUCACAAUCAACAAAGAAUGAAAAAAGGCAAAAAAAUAAAUAAAUACAGCAAAAAGAUGAUGGAAAAGAUGAAACAAGAGAAAAAGAUGAAGAAGAAAAACAAAAAUAAUAAAAUCAAAGAAUGAAUUUAAAUAAGCCAAGGAAAAAUUGAAAAAGAAAGAAAUAAAAAUGUUUUGUAAUAAAGAAAAAUAUUGUUUUAUUUAAUUAUAGCUUUCUUUUUUCUUAGUCAACGAUAUCUAAAGUGUUUCUUGUUGUUUUGCCUGCUGUGAAUGAGUACGAUGGAGGAUCAUCAGUGGCACCUUGUCAAGACGAUUUCUUCUGUUUAAUUGAGAUGACAUAACGUUGAGCGACGUACAUUGGAUCGGAAUAUCCAUUCGAGUAAGUUGAAUCUUCGAAGAGAACUUCGUAAUCUUGUUUAGCUGUAGCUGGAAGUUCAUUGAUGAUUGCUUUGUAGAAGCAAGUGGUUUGUGGGUAAAGUGCCAUGACUACGGUUCCUUUAGGGAAGAGAGCGUGGGCGUCUGUCUCUGGAUUUGCACGAAAUAAUGGCAGUGGAAUAAUUCUUCGUUUACUCAAAAUAUGCCGUGGUUUUUGUUCCUCAUCGAUAUCGUGAACUUCGUAUUUUUGAGUGUGAUGAGCAUAACUGAUAACUUCAGCCAUUAUCCAGUUUUCCUCAUCACUUCCGCCUUUAUCCAUAGCUGACACUUUCGUUAAAGCUGCAACCAUAUCCCCUGGUUUCGCUGUGUAAUCUGGGCUCGCAGGUAUACAGCCAACUAAAGGUGGAAUCUUUUCACCAGGCUUUGAAAUAAAUAAAGGAAGUGUCGAUGCUGAGAUUUGAAGAAUUUUCAUUAAUUGCCCUUUUCUCAGCAUUUCCUUUUGACCUGAAUUCCUUGCUUGAAUUCUACUUUCAUUACGAAUGCUGUGAAUUUCAUGGAUCUUAGCAAGCGCUUGUCUUAUCAAACGUUCUUCUUUUUCGGCUUCUUGCAUCGCUUGUUUUAUUAUGUCCGUUUGAUUUGGUGAAUGCGAUAAUUUACCAAUUGUCACUUCUCCUGCACUCCUCACUUCUUCAAUAUCAUGAAUGAGUGAUUGAAUUCCUCUCAAUCUUUCUUGGAUUUUUGUCUGUCCUUGCAUUCUGUAUGAAUAUUA